CGCUGGUCAUUACGCCUUGGUGUCAGAGACAGUGGUACAGCUCGCGUUCUCUUCAGAUCAAUCGUUGGUUUCAUUGUGGAUUAUUUAGUGUGAAAAUGUCUGACGGUGGGGGAGGAGACGACAGCGGCGGCGGGAUGGAGGUUUCUGCGGCCGUGCAGACUGUAGCGGACGCGUCUGUUCUGCAGAAACACAUCCGUAAGCUCGUGCCGCUGCUGCUGGAGGAUGGCGGGGAUGCGCCCGCGGCUCUAGAGAGCGCGCUGGAGGAGAAGAGCUCGCUCGAGCAGAUGAGAAAAUUCCUGUCAGAUCCGCAAAUUCACUCGAUUCUAGUGGAGCGGAGCGCGCUUAAAGAGGAUGUUGGAGAUGAAGGAGAGGAGGAGAGAGAGGCCAUUUCAUACACCAUCAGCACUGACAUCCAUUACAGACUCAAAUCGAACAGCCUUGCUUUGAUUAAGCGCACUGGAGUCAUUGAUGCAGACAAACCCAUCUCCACUCUGGUGCGAGUUCUGACGCUCAGCGAGGAUUCGCCAUAUGAGACUCUACAUUCUUUCAUCAGUAAUGCCGUUUCUCCGUACUUCAAAUCCUACAUUCGGGAGUCUGGCAAAGCAGACAGAGAUGGAGAUAAGAUGGCUCCGUCAGUGGAGAAGAAGAUCGCGGAGUUGGAGAUGGGGUUACUCCACCUCCAGCAGAACAUCGAGAUCCCAGAGAUCAGUCUGCUCAUCAACCCCAUCAUCACAAACGUGGCCAAGCAGUGCUACGAGCGAGGAGAGAAACCCAAGGUCACUGACUUUGGUAAAAAAGUGGAGGACCCGACCUUCCUGAACCAGCUGCAGUCUGGAGUCAAUCGUUGGAUCAGAGAAAUCCAGAAGGUCACUAAACUGGACCGUGACCCGGCCUCUGGUACCGCCCUGCAGGAGAUCAGCUUCUGGCUCAACCUUGAACGUGCCCUCAAUCGUAUACAGGAGAAGCGUGAGAGUCCGGAGGUCCUGCUCACCUUGGACAUCCUGAAGCAUGGCAAACGUUUUCAUGCCACAGUCAGUUUCGACACAGACACCGGCCUGAAGCAGGCCGUAGAGACCGUCAACGAUUACAACCCUCUGAUGAAGGAUUUUCCCCUCAACGAUCUUCUGUCAGCCACUGAACUCGACAAGAUCCGGCAGGCGCUGGUGGCCAUCUUCACCCACCUUCGCAAGAUCCGAAACACCAAGUACCCCAUCCAGCGUGCUUUACGUCUGGUGGAGGCCAUCUCCAGAGACCUCAGCUCACAGCUCCUUAAAGUCCUGGGCACUCGUAAGCUCAUGCAUGUGGCCUAUGAGGAAUUUGAAAAGGUGAUGGUGGCGUGUUUUGAAGUCUUCCAGACGUGGGAAGAUGAGUAUGAGAAACUUCAAGUGCUCCUGAGGGACAUCGUGAAGAGAAAGAGAGAGGAGAACCUGAAGAUGGUGUGGCGUCUCAGUCCCGCUCACCGUAAGCUUCAGGCCCGGUUGGAUCACAUGCGGCGUUUCAGACGGCAGCACGAGCAGCUGAGAGCCGUCAUUGUUCGUGUACUGAGACCUCAGGUGUCUGCGGUUCCCCAGCAUGCUCCGGGUGAGACCGCUGAGCCCCCCGACAUGAAGGUUGCUGAGGUGCUCUUUGAUGCUGCGGACGCUAAUGCUAUCGAGGAAGUUAAUCUGGCCUAUGAAAAUGUGAAAGAGGUUGACGGAUUGGACGUGUCAAAGGAGGGAAUGGAAGCCUGGGAGGCAGCUAUGAAGCGCUAUGAUGAACGCAUCGAUCGCGUAGAGACCCGCAUCACGGCUCGCCUGCGGGACCAGCUGGGUACAGCAAAGAACGCCAACGAGAUGUUCCGCAUUUUCUCUCGCUUCAACGCCCUCUUUGUCCGCCCUCACAUUCGCGGAGCCAUCCGCGAGUACCAGACGCAGCUCAUCCAGCGAGUCAAAGACGACAUCGAGUCUCUGCACGAUAAAUUUAAGGUUCAGUACCCUCAGAGUCAAUCGUGUAAAAUGAGCCACGUGCGAGACCUGCCUCCCGUCUCUGGCUCCAUUAUCUGGGCUAAACAGAUCGAUCGGCAACUGACGGCCUACAUGAAGCGCGUGGAGGAUGUUCUUGGGAAGGGCUGGGAGAAUCACGUCGAGGGUCUAAAGCUGAAGCAGGAUGGCGACAGUUUCCGUGCCAAGCUUAACACGCAGGAGAUUUUCGACGACUGGGCUAGAAAGGUGCAGCAACGCAAUCUGGGCGUGUCUGGUCGCAUUUUCACCAUUGAGAACACACGCGCUCGCGGCCGCACUGGAACGGUGCUAAAGCUCAAAGUGAACUUCUUGCCAGAGAUCAUCACCCUCUCGAAGGAAGUGCGUAACUUAAAGUGGCUGAGUUUCCGUGUGCCGCUGGCCAUCGUUAACAAAGCCCAUCAAGCCAAUCAGCUGUACCCAUUUGCCAUUUCGCUCAUCGAGAGUGUCCGCACGUACGAGCGCACCUGUGAGAAGGUGGAGGAGAGGAUGUCCAUCUCGCUGCUGGUGGCCGGUCUGAAGAAGGAGGUGCAGGCUCUCGUCACCGAGGGCAUCUCUCUGGUCUGGGAGUCCUACAAACUCGACCCUUACGUCCAGCGUCUGGCUGAAACGGUCUUCAACUUCCAAGAAAAGGUGGACGAUCUCCUACUGAUUGAGGAGAAGAUUGAUUUGGAGGUGCGAUCUCUUGAAACCUGUAUGUAUGAGAACAAGACAUUCACAGAGAUCCUCAAUCGCAUUCAGAAGGCCGUGGAUGACCUGAACCUACACUCCUACUCCAAUCUUCCCAUCUGGGUCAACAAACUGGACAUCGAGAUCGAGCGCAUCCUGGGUGUGCGUCUGCAGGCGGGACUUAAGGCCUGGACACAGGUUCUCAGAGGACAGAUGGAGGACAAAGCUGAUGUGGACAUGGACACUGAAGCUCCUCAAGUCAGCCACAAACCUGGAGGAGAACCAAAGAUCAAGAACAUCAUCCAUGAAUUAAGAAUCACAAACCAAGUCAUCUACCUGAACCCGCCGAUUGAAGACUGCCGCUACAGACUCUACCAAGAGAUGUUUGCCUGGAAGAUGGUCAUCCUCUCUCUUCCCAGAAUCCAGAGUCAGAGAUAUCAGGUUGGCGUUCACUACGAGUUAUCUGAGGAAGAGAAGUUCUAUAGAAACGCUCUGACCAGAAUGCCCGAUGGUCCCGCUGCGCUGGAGGAGGCGUAUAAUGCGGUGAAGGACAACGUCUCGGAGGUGGAGCAGUACGUCAAGGUGUGGCUGCAGUAUCAGUGCCUGUGGGACAUGCAGCCCGAGAACAUUUAUAACCGUCUGGGAGAAGAUCUCACCAAGUGGCAGGCGCUGCUGGUGCAGAUCCGGAAAGCUCGUGGCACGUUUGACAAUGCAGAAACCAGGAAAGAAUUUGGACCUGUCAUUAUUGACUACGGCAAGGUUCAGUCAAAGGUCAAUCUGAAGUACGACUCGUGGCAUAAGGAGGUCCUUAGUAAGUUUGGACAGAUGUUGGGUAACAACAUGCAGGACUUCCAUUCUCAGAUCUCGAAGUCCCGUCAAGAACUGGAGCAGCAUUCGGUGGACACAGCAAGCACCUCAGAUGCCGUGACCUUCAUCACAUAUGUGCAGACCCUCAAGCGCAAGAUCAAGCAGUUUGAGAAGCAAGUAGAUCUGUUCCGCAAUGGCCAGCGCCUUCUGGAAAAGCAGCGUUUCCAGUUCCCUCCCUCAUGGCUUUACAUCGAUAACAUCGAGGGCGAGUGGGGCGCUUUCAGUGACAUCAUGAAACGCAAAGACACGGCCAUCCAACAGCAGGUGGCCAACCUACAGAUGAAGAUCGUCCAAGAGGACCGUGCCGUGGAGAACCGCACCACAGACCUGCUGUCAGACUGGGAGAAAACCAAACCAGUGGCUGGCAGUCUGCGUCCGGAGGAGGCGUUGCAGUCUCUCACCAUCUAUGAGGGCAAAUUUGGCCGUCUGAAGGACGAUCGAGAGAAGUGUGCAAGGGCCAAAGAAGCGUUGGAGCUGACGGACACAGGUCUUCUUAGCAGCAGUGAGGAGAGAGUACAGGUGGCACUGGAGGAACUGCAGGAUCUGAAAGGCGUUUGGUCUGAGCUGUCGAAGGUCUGGGAGCAGAUCGAUCAGAUGAAGGAGCAGCCGUGGGUCUCUGUGCAGCCACGCAAGCUGCGUCAGAGCUUAGAUGGCCUCCUCAACCAGUUGAAGAACUUCCCGGCCCGUCUGCGACAGUAUGCUUCAUACGAGUAUGUGCAGAGACUCCUCAAAGGAUACAUGAAGGUCAACAUGUUAGUGAUUGAGCUGAAGUCAGAGGCGCUGAAGGAUCGUCACUGGAAGCAGUUAAUGAAGCGUCUGCAUGUCAACUGGGUUCCGUCAGAACUGAUCCUGGGUCAGAUCUGGGAAGUUGACCUGCAGAAGAAUGAGAUGGUGGUGAAGGACGUGCUUCUGGUGGCUCAGGGAGAGAUGGCGCUUGAGGAGUUUCUUAAACAGAUUCGAGAGGUGUGGAACUCGUACGAGCUGGAUCUGGUCAACUAUCAGAAUAAGUGCCGUCUGAUUCGUGGUUGGGACGAUCUGUUCAACAAAGUCAAGGAGCACAUCAACAGUGUUUCCGCCAUGAAGCUCUCUCCUUACUACAAGGUGUUUGAGGAAGAUGCCCUGAGCUGGGAGGAUAAACUCAACCGCAUCAUGGCCCUGUUUGACGUGUGGAUUGAUGUGCAGCGCCGCUGGGUUUAUCUGGAAGGAAUUUUCACAGGAAGUGCAGACAUCAAACAUCUCCUUCCAGUGGAGACGCAGCGCUUUCAGAGCAUCAGCACCGAGUUUCUGGCUCUGAUGAAAAAGGUCACAAAGUCUCCACUGGUCAUGGAUGUGCUAAACAUUCAAGGAGUUCAGAGGUCAUUGGAAAGACUUGCUGAUCUGCUGGGGAAGAUCCAAAAAGCACUGGGAGAAUAUCUUGAGAGGGAGCGCUCAUCGUUCCCCAGGUUCUACUUUGUUGGUGAUGAAGAUCUGCUGGAGAUCAUUGGAAACAGUAAAAAUGUGGCUAAACUGCAGAAACACUUCAAGAAAAUGUUUGCUGGUGUUUCCAGCAUCCUGCUGAACGACGACAACACAGAGGUGCUGGGAAUUUCAUCUCGAGAGGGAGAAGAGGUGCUCUUCAAAACUCUAGUGUCCUUAACUGAGCAUCCGAAGAUCAACGAGUGGCUGACGCUGGUGGAGCGCGAGAUGAGAGUCACGCUGGCCAAACUGCUGGCUGAGUCCGUCACUGAGGUGGGCGCCUUCAACAGGGGCACCGGCAUCGAUCUGAGCACCUACAUCAACUGGAUUGACCAAUAUCAGGCCCAGCUGGUGGUUCUGUCCACCCAGAUCGACUGGUCAGAGAAUGUGGAGAACGCUCUGACCACGAUUGCAGGCGGAGCAAACAUGGCUCCGCUUCAGGCUGUGCUGACCAACGUGGAGGCAACGCUCAACCUGCUGGCUGACACGGUUUUGAUGGAGCAGCCACCACUACGCAGGAAGAAACUGGAGCAUCUGAUUACAGAGUUGGUCCACCAGAGAGACGUCACCAGAACUCUGAUCAAGAACAAGAUUGACAACCCUAAAUCAUUCGAGUGGCUCAGUCAGAUGCGCUUCUACUUCGACCCCAAGCAGAUGGACGUCCUGCAGCAGCUUUCUAUUCAGAUGGCCAACGCAAAGUUCAACUACGGUUUUGAGUACCUGGGCGUUCAGGAGAAACUUGUUCAGACGCCCCUGACCGACCGCUGCUACCUCACCAUGACGCAGGCUCUGGAGGCUCGUCUGGGAGGGUCACCCUUUGGUCCUGCUGGGACAGGGAAAACGGAGUCUGUCAAAGCUCUGGGUCACCAGCUGGGUCGUUUCGUGCUGGUCUUCAACUGUGAUGAGACCUUUGACUUCCAGGCGAUGGGCCGCAUCUUUGUGGGUCUGUGUCAGGUGGGAGCGUGGGGCUGUUUCGACGAGUUUAACCGUCUGGAGGAGCGCAUGCUGUCUGCUGUGUCGCAGCAGGUUCAGUACAUUCAGGUGGCGCUGAGAGAACACAGCAACUCCAACCGAGACCGUAGUGUGCCCAUCACCACAGAGCUGCUGAACAAGCAGGUGAAGGUCAGUCCUGAGAUGGCCAUCUUCAUCACCAUGAAUCCAGGUUAUGCCGGACGUUCCAACCUGCCCGAUAACCUGAAGAAGCUCUUCAGAAGUUUAGCCAUGACCAAACCCGACCGGCAGCUGAUCGCUCAGGUCAUGCUGUACUCGCAGGGCUUCCGCACUGCUGAGAUCCUCGCCAAGAAGAUCGUCCCCUUCUUCAAGCUGUGUGAUGAGCAGUUGUCCUCUCAGUCUCACUACGACUUCGGUCUGCGUGCACUCAAGAGCGUGCUGAUCAGCGCCGGCAACGUGAAGAGAGAACGUAUCCAGAAAAUCAAACGAGAAAAGGGUGAGCGAGGAGAAGAAGUGGAUGAGAACGAGAUUGCUGAGAACCUUCCGGAGCAGGAGAUUCUGAUCCAGAGCGUCUGUGAGACCAUGGUGCCGAAGCUGGUGGCUGAAGACAUUCCUCUGCUCUUCAGUCUGCUGUCAGACGUGUUCCCUGGUGUGCAGUACAUGCGUGGAGAGAUGACGGCUCUUCGAGAGGAGCUGAAGAAAGUCUGUGCAGAGAUGUACCUCACGUACGGAGACGGUGACGAUGUGGGCAGCAUGUGGGUGGAGAAGGUUCUGCAGCUGUAUCAGAUCACUCAGAUCAAUCACGGGCUGAUGAUGGUCGGCCCAUCGGGAAGCGGUAAGACGAUGGCCUGGAGGGUUCUGCUCAAAGCUCUGGAGAGACUGGAAGGGGUGGAGGGUGUGGCUCACAUCAUAGACCCUAAAGCCAUCAGCAAAGACCACCUGUAUGGAACGCUGGACCCCAACACGCGCGAGUGGACCGACGGGCUCUUCACGCAUGUGCUCAGGAAGAUAAUUGAUAAUGUUCGUGGAGAGCUACAGAAGAGGCAGUGGAUCAUCUUUGAUGGCGAUGUGGAUCCUGAGUGGGUGGAGAAUCUAAACUCUGUGCUGGAUGACAACAAACUCUUGACCCUGCCCAACGGAGAGCGUCUCAGCCUGCCGCCAAACGUGCGCAUCAUGUUUGAGGUGCAGGACCUGAAAUAUGCCACGUUGGCCACGGUUUCUCGCUGCGGCAUGGUUUGGUUCAGCGAGGAUGUUCUCAGCACGGACAUGAUCUUCAAUAAUUUCCUGGCGCGUCUGCGCAGCAUCCCACUAGAUGAGGGUGAGGACGAGGCCCUGCGCAUGAGAAAGAUUACGGAGGAUGAGAGCGAAGAGUCUGCAUCGCCAAUGCUGCAGAUCCAGAGAGACUCCGCUGCCGUACUCCAGCCAUAUUUCACCUCUACAGGACUGGUGAUCAAAGCCCUUGAACACGCUUCAAAGAUGGAGCACAUCAUGGACUUCACACGGCUGCGCUCGCUGGGCUCACUCUUCUCCAUGCUGCAUCAGGCCUGUCGCAACGUCGCCCUGUACAACAACAACCACCCCGAUUUCCCCAUGCCCAUUGACCAGCUGGAAAAAUACAUGCAGAAAUAUCUCAUCUAUGCGGUCCUGUGGUCCUUCUCGGGUGACAGUAGACUGAAGAUGAGGGCGGAGCUUGGAGAAUACAUUCGCCGCAUCACAACCGUGUCGCUGCCUUCUGCGCCAAACGUGCCGAUCAUCGACUAUGAGGUGUCCAUCACAGGUGAGUGGCAGUCCUGGCAGGGUAAGGUGCCCCAGAUCGAGGUGGAGACGCACAAGGUGGCAUCACCUGACGUGGUCGUGCCCACUCUGGAUACGGUGCGUCACGAAGCUCUUCUUUACACCUGGCUGGCGGAACACAAGCCCCUGGUGCUGUGUGGCCCGCCGGGCUCCGGUAAAACCAUGACCCUCUUCAGUGCCCUCAGAGCCCUACCAGACAUGGAGGUUGUUGGUUUGAACUUCUCUAGUGCUACAACUCCAGAGCUUGUUCUCAAGACAUUCGAUCAUUACUGCGAGUACCGCAGGACUCCUAAUGGUGUGGUUUUGGCUCCGGUGCAGCUCGGCAAAUGGCUUGUGCUCUUUUGUGACGAAAUCAACCUGCCCGACAUGGACAAAUACUGCACGCAGCGGGUCAUCUCCUUCAUCAGACAGAUGGUGGAGCACGGUGGCUUCUAUCGCACAACGGAUCAGACGUGGGUGAAACUGGAGCGGAUCCAGUUUGUUGGAGCCUGUAACCCCCCCACAGACCCGGGCAGGAAGCCUCUGUCUCACAGGUUCCUGCGUCACGUGCCAGUCGUGUAUGUGGACUAUCCCGGCCCCGCCUCUCUUACUCAGAUCUACGGCACCUUCAACCGAGCCAUGCUCAGACUCAUCCCGUCACUCCGCACCUUUGCCGAGCCACUCACUGCUGCCAUGGUGGAGUUCUACACCAUGUCUCAGGAGCGAUUCACUCAAGACACACAACCCCACUACAUCUACUCCCCAAGAGAGAUGACCCGCUGGGUCAGAGGAAUCUUUGAAGCUUUACGGCCCCUGGAGACUUUACCUGUGGAGGGUCUCAUUCGUAUCUGGGCUCACGAAGCUCUGCGACUCUUCCAGGAUCGAUUGGUGGAGGAUGAGGAGAGACGGUGGACUGAUGAGAACAUCGACACUGUGGCCCUCAAACACUUCCCCAAUAUUGACCGGGAAAAAGCCCUUAAUCGACCCAUCCUGUACAGCAACUGGCUGUCAAAGGACUAUGUUCCUGUGGAGCAGGAGGAGCUGCGUGAUUACGUGAAGGCCCGACUGAAAGUGUUCUACGAGGAGGAGCUGGAUGUUCCUCUGGUGCUCUUUAAUGAGGUUUUGGAUCACGUGCUGAGAAUUGACAGAAUCUUCCGUCAGCCGCAGGGUCAUCUGCUUCUGAUCGGUGUCAGCGGUGCUGGAAAGACGACACUCUCUCGAUUUGUGGCUUGGAUGAACGGACUGAGCGUCUAUCAGAUUAAGGUCCACAGAAAAUACACUGGUGAGGACUUCGAUGAAGACCUGCGGACGGUCCUGCGUCGCUCUGGAUGCAAGAACGAGAAGAUCGCAUUCAUUAUGGAUGAGUCUAACGUGCUGGACUCUGGCUUCCUGGAGCGCAUGAACACACUGCUGGCCAACGGAGAGGUGCCCGGGCUGUUUGAGGGCGAUGAAUAUGCCACCCUGAUGACCCAGUGCAAAGAAGGAGCGCAGAAAGAGGGCCUAAUGUUGGACACCCAUGAGGAGCUUUACAAAUGGUUCACUAGUCAGGUGAUCAGGAACCUGCAUGUGGUCUUCACCAUGAACCCAUCAUCAGAGGGUCUGAAGGACCGCGCGGCAACGUCACCUGCUCUCUUCAACAGGUGUGUGUUGAACUGGUUUGGUGAUUGGUCCACUGAGGCGCUCUACCAGGUGGGCAAAGAGUUCACCAGCAAGAUGGACCUCGAGAAGCCAAACUACAAAGUUCCUGACUACAUGCCCAUAGUGUACGACAAACUGCCCCAGCCGCCCACCCACCGCGGGGCCAUCGUCAACGGCUGUGUGUUUGUUCAUCAGACGCUGCAUCAGGCUAACAACCGCCUGGCCAAGCGUGGUGGACGCACAAUGGCCAUCACCCCGCGCCAUUACUUGGACUUCAUCAACCACUACGCAAACCUGUUCAACGAGAAACGCAGCGAGUUGGAAGAGCAGCAGAUGCACCUCAAUGUUGGUCUGCGCAAAAUCAAAGAGACCGUAGAUCAGGUGGAGGAGCUGCGGCGAGACCUGCGCAUCAAGAGUCAAGAGCUGGAGGUGAAGAACGCUGCCGCCAACGACAAACUCAAGAAGAUGGUGAAAGACCAGCAGGAGGCUGAGAAGAAAAAAGUCAUGAGUCAAGAGAUACAGGAAGCAGUUUACAAGCAGCAGGAAGUGAUUAAAGACAAGCAGUUGAGAGUGAAGGAGGAUUUAGAUAAGGUGGAGCCGGCCGUCGUCGAGGCUCAGAACGCUGUUAAAUCUAUUAAGAAGCAGCACUUAGUGGAGGUGCGAUCGAUGGCCAACCCGCCGGCAGCGGUCAAACUGGCUCUGGAAUCCAUCUGCCUGCUGCUGGGCGAGAGCACCACCGACUGGAAACAGAUUCGCUCCAUCAUAAUGCGCGAGAACUUCAUCCCCACUAUUGUGAACUUUUCUGCUGAUGAGAUCAGUGACUCCAUCCGUGAAAAGAUGAAGAAGAACUACAUGUCCAACCCCAGUUACAACUACGAGCAGGUGAACCGGGCGUCUCUGGCCUGUGGACCGAUGGUCAAAUGGGCGAUCGCUCAGCUGAAUUAUGCAGAUAUGCUGAAGCAAGUUGAACCCUUGAGGAACGAGCUGCAAAAACUGGAGGAUGACGCUACAGACAACAAGACUAAAGCAGAGGAGGUGGAGCAGAUGAUCCGAGAUCUGGAGGCCAGCAUCGCACGCUACAAGGAGGAGUAUGCAGUGCUCAUCUCUGAAGCUCAGGCCAUCAAGGCUGACCUGGCAGCUGUGGAGGCAAAGGUGAACCGCAGUACGGCGCUCCUAAAGAGUUUAUCUGCUGAGAGGGAGCGAUGGGAAAAGACCAGCGAGACUUUCAAGAAUCAGAUGUCCACCAUCGCUGGUGACUGUCUUCUCUCUGCUGCGUUCAUUGCUUAUGCUGGUUAUUUUGAUCAGCAGAUGAGACAGAACCUCUUCACCACCUGGUCUCAUCACCUCCAGCAGGCCAACAUUCAGUUCCGCACAGACAUCGCCAGGACUGAAUAUCUGUCCAAUGCUGAUGAGAGACUGCGCUGGCAGGCCAACUCUCUGCCUGCCGAUGAUCUGUGCACCGAGAAUGCCAUCAUGCUGAAGAGAUUCAACAGAUAUCCUCUGAUCAUUGAUCCAUCGGGCCAGGCCACAGAGUUCAUAAUGAACGAAUACAAAGAAAGAAAGAUCACUCGCACAAGCUUUUUAGACGAUGCGUUCAGGAAGAAUUUGGAGAGUGCUCUGAGAUUUGGCAACCCUCUGCUGGUGCAGGAUGUGGAGAGCUACGACCCCAUACUGAACCCAGUGCUCAACAGAGAGGUGCGCAGAACCGGCGGCCGAGUUCUCAUCACUCUCGGAGAUCAGGACAUUGAUUUGUCUCCUUCCUUCGUCAUUUUCCUCUCUACGCGAGACCCGACGGUUGAAUUCCCUCCAGACCUUUGCUCGCGUGUGACCUUUGUGAACUUCACCGUGACCCGUAGCAGUCUGCAGAGUCAGUGUCUGAACGAGGUUUUGAAGGCGGAGCGACCAGACGUGGAUGAGAAGCGCUCAGACCUGCUGAAGCUGCAGGGUGAAUUCCAGCUUCGUCUGCGUCAGCUGGAGAAGUCUCUGCUACAGGCCCUGAAUGAAGUCAAGGGUCGUAUUCUGGACGAUGACACCAUCAUCACCACCCUGGAGAAUCUCAAGAAGGAAGCUAAGGAAGUGACCAGGAAAGUGGAGGAAACGGACAUCGUUAUGCAGGAGGUGGAGACUGUGUCUCAGCAGUAUCUGUCUCUAUCUUCUGCCUGCAGCAGCAUCUAUUUCACCAUGGAAACUCUGAACCAGAUGCAUUUUCUGUAUCAGUACUCGUUGCAUUUCUUCUUGGAUAUUUAUCACACUGUGUUAUAUGAGAACUCCAAUCUGAAGAGUGUGAGCGACCACACGCAGCGUCUGUCCGUCAUCACCAAAGACCUGUUCCAGGUUGCAUUUAACAGAGUAGCUCGAGGAAUGUUGCAUCAAGAUCACAUCACGUUUGCAGUGCUGCUCGCCAGAAUCAACCUGAAGGGUUUGACCAGUGAACCGUCUUAUGAUGCAGAGUUCCAGCACUUUUUGCGUGGGAAAGAGAUUGUGUUAACCGGGACUGCUGUGCCGCAGGUGAAGGGUCUGUGCAGCGAGCAGUCAGAAGCAAUGGUGCGUCUCAGCUUCCUGCCUGCGUUUAAAGACCUGGUGGCCAAGGUCCAGGCUGAUGAGCAGUUCUUCAUGUGGCUGGAAAGCAACUCUCCAGAGCUGUCUGUGCCCUACGUGUGGAUGGAAGAGAAGACGUCCACUCCCAUUGGUCAGGCGGUUCAUCAGCUGCUGUUGAUCCAGACGUUCCGACUCGAUCGUCUGCUGGCCAUGUCACACAUCUUUGUGUCUAAAGUCAUGGGAGAAAACUUCAUGGCCAUCAUGGAACAACCUCUUGAUCUGGCCAACAUUGUGGAUAGUGAGGUGAAGCCGGGGAUUCCGGUGCUGAUGUGUUCCGUGCCGGGUUACGAUGCCAGUGGAUUGGUCCGGGAUCUAGCCGCUGAGCAGAACAAACACAUCACCUCCAUUUCUAUUGGUUCUGCUGAAGGCUUCAAUAAAGCUGACCGAGACAUCAACACAGCGGUGAAGUCCGGCAGGUGGGUGAUGUUGGAGAACGUUCAUUUGGCGCCUGGUUGGCUCAUGCAGCUGGAGAAGAAACUUCACUCCAUGCAGCCGCAUGCCAGUUUCCGUCUUUUCCUGACCAUGGAGAUCAACCCGAAGGUCCCUGUGAACCUGUUGCGUGCAGGACGCAUCUUUGUUUUCGAGCCUCCUCCUGGCGUGAAGGCCAACAUGCUGCGCACGUUCAGCAGUAUUCCUGUUGCACGCAUGUGUAAGUCUCCAAAUGAACGUGCUCGCUUGUACUUCCUCUUGGCCUGGUUCCACGCGGUCAUUCAGGAACGCCUACGUUACGCACCGCUCGGCUGGUCUAAGAAAUAUGAGUUUGGAGAGUCUGAUCUGCGCUCUGCCUGUGACACCGUGGAUACGUGGCUAGAUGACACUGCGAAGGGUCGUCAGAACAUCUCACCCGAUAAGAUUCCGUGGGCAGCGCUGAAGACCCUGAUGGCUCAGUCCAUCUAUGGCGGCCGCAUCGAUAAUGAGUUUGAUCAGAGACUGCUCAUCACCUUCCUGGACCGUCUGUUCACCACCAGCAGCUUUGACAGCGAAUUCAAACUGGCUCUCAAAGUGGACGGACACAAUGACAUCAAAAUGCCCGACGGCAUCCGGCGUGAGGAGUUCAUUCACUGGGUAGAGAUGUUGCCUGAUACGCAGACUCCGUCUUGGCUGGGGUUGCCAAGCAACGCGGAGAAAGUUCUGCUCACCACUCAGGGCACUGACAUGAUGGGAAAGUUGUUGAAAAUGCAGGUGUUGGAGGAUGAGGACGAUCUGGCCUACGAAACGGAGAAGAAGCAGCGCACGACAUCUUCGUCUGACACGCAGCCCGCCUGGAUGCGAAUUCUUCACACCACGGCCUCCAACUGGCUUCAUCUCAUCCCAGAGUCAGUCAACCCCCUAAAACGCACCGUGGAGAACAUCAAGGAUCCUCUGUUCAGGUUCUUCGAGCGGGAGGUGAAGAUGGGCGCUCGUAUGCUGCAGGAUGUCCGCCAGGACCUCACGGAUGUGGUGCAGGUGUGCGAGGGCAAGAAAAAGCAGACCAACGACCUGCGCACGCUCAUCAAUGACCUUGUCAAAGGCAUUAUACCUCGCAGCUGGUGCAGAUACACCGUUCCUGUGUCCAUGACUGUCAUCCAGUGGAUCGGAGACUUCAGCGAGAGAAUUAAACAGCUUCAACAGAUCUCGCAGGGAGCGGCCAGCGGGGGUGCCAAAGAGCUCAAGAACAUCCACGCCAAUCUGGGUCGACUGUUUGUGCCCGAGGCUUACAUCACAGCCACGCGUCAGUACGUGGCUCAGGCCAACAGCUGGUCUCUGGAGGAACUUUAUCUAGAAGUCAACGUCACGUCUGCCCAGGGAGCCGCACUGGACGCCUGCAGCUUCGGCAUCAAGGGUCUGAAGCUUCAGGGAGCCACGUGUGGAAACAACAAGCUCUCACUCUCCACGGCCAUCUCCACUGAACUGCCGCUGACGCAGCUGUGCUGGAUGAAGCAGAGCAACACUGAGAAGAGAAACAUGGUCACUCUGCCAGUGUAUCUGAACUUCACCCGUGCUGAUCUCAUAUUCACUGUUGAUUUUGACAUCGCAACUAAGGCAGACCCACAUCACUUCUAUGAGCGCGGAGUCGCCAUCCUCUGUACCGAGUAGAUGACGAGAUUAACAAAAGAAGAUUAACCAAUAAUGAUUGAAAUUCAUAUCGCUUUAUCCUAACUAAUCACUCCUAAUAGUCUGCUUAGCAAAUCACUAAAUGUAGUUCAACUUUUAUGUCACUGGCAUGUAAUACAUAAUGUUUUUCUUGGAAUGAGGUUAGAAUGUCAGAAGCAGGUUGGAUGAUGGAUUUCUGAAGCAAGUUGUUUUAGUUGGUGAGGUUUUAGAUGGAAAAUGAAAGUUGAGCAAAAAAGGUGGUUUUCAAUAAAGUUCAUGUUAUGUCACUCAUUUGAUCAUG